UUAACGUUCAUUUAGACUGUGGGGUAAUGACGUCGUCGUCGGCUUGCGAUAUACCUGCCGAUACUAAGUAGUAAACAAACACUUUACUACAUAUAAGAGAACAUGAAUCAGUAUAAGAAAUCGAGUAAUGUUUUGGGCGUCAGUUCAAACGUCAUGGAUCUAGGAGAAAAUGCAACUGCGCCGUUAAUGGAAGUUGGCAACAAAAUCGAGUAUGCAGCAUUGGUGCAGCAAUUGAAUGAGGAAAGAGCCAGAAGAAUUGAGAUAGAACGAACAUUAGUGCAAACGCAAAAAGAACUUGAAGACCUGUCGGUGUCAUUAUUUAGCGAGGCUAAUAACAUGGUUGCUAAAGUGAAAAAAGAAAACCAAAUUCUAAAGCAAGAGCUCAUGUACUACCAGAAAAGGGACCUAGAACGCAACGCCUUACUUAAAAACAUACAAUUAGCUGUUCGCAGUGCAGCCGAUUCACGAAAAUAUCUUGCUGUCUAUUCACCUAACGAAUAAAUUAACUCAGAAGAGUUUUACAAAAGAAUGAAAAGCAUUGCUAACCACAAAUCCUAAGUAGAAAUUAUUUUGCAAUUGUCUUUACUUUUAUAUGAUUUUUUCACAAUUUUUUUUUAUUUUUUUAUUUUUUUUAUUUUUUUUUUAUUUUUAUUUUUUAU